GGAAACGCCGCUUCUUUUCCGGUGUCAACAAUUAGAGAUGAGUUAUGCGAUGGAAUCUCGAAAACUAUGCUAGCUUGUUUUGCUAUCGUUGAGCUAUACUUGGAAGUUUAAACAAAAACGUUUUACUAUCAUGGUUGAUGUCUUCAUAAUCAAGUUUUAACUACGUUUGGUAGGUAACUUUCGUCAAUAGAUGCAAAGACACGUUUAGCUUGGAAACGUUAGCGUGUCUUGCUUACAGUUAUCAGAGAACUUCGCUAGCUAGCUAGUCUUUCGGCAGAUUUGCUAGUUUAGCUCGCUAGCUAGCUAGCUCCCAAAGACAACGAACAAUUUAGCUACUACACCAGGUGUUGUCUUAUUGAGACAGUCUGGUCUACAAGAUGAAGAACAAACCUGUGAAAAAGCAACUCAACAAAAUCAAGAGGACUAAACACCAGGAUUCCAUUAAAACAGAGUGUGAAGCACACUGCUAUGAUGUUGACUGCAAAAGGGAAGAACCAGACAUUAGCCAAGCUGGCUCUCCUAACUCUAAAGGGGUCAUUUCUGAUUCCAUUCAAAUCAAAGAGGAACCAAAAGACUUUGAAGUACAGGUUCAUCACUUGGAUUCCAAAGUACCCCACAAGGUUUCUGGAACCAUGAAUACCCUGGAUGAAACCGAUUCUGUUUGUGUUAGCCAAGGAACAGCGGAGAUAAAAAUGGAGAAUGAUUCAGAGGUCCACGAGGUCGUGGUUAAAAGAGAAACUCAAGUCUGUUUAGUGAAAGAGGAAAAUAUGAAUGAAGAAAACCUGGAUGAGGACACAGAUGGUGCCAUCGAAGGCUGGAGGGAUUCAGAAAGCAACAGAGUCUCUCCUCAGUUCUUUCCUUGUCCACACUGCACCAUCUCCUUCACUGACCAUUCUUUCCUGGAGAAGCACAUCAAGUGGAACCACCAAAAAGAGUACCUGGCAAUGUUAAGAAACAGUUUUUCAAAAAGCAGUGGGACAGAGGGUGUCCCAAAACACAGCUGCGUCCACUGUAGCCUCAAGUUCCAGACACCACGGCUGUUGAGCAUCCACACCCGCCAGAUCCACCCUUCAGCCCCUCCCCGGAAACCUGCCCCUCCACGAAAACCUGCCCGUCUCCGCAGGGUUUCUGGGAAAGUUUUCACCUGCCCACAAUGUGCUCGAAGAUUUGGGUACCUCGGUAGUCUGCAAAACCAUUGUGAGCUUUCACACAAAAUGUCUGUUGUUCGCACUAAUGGACACCUGAGUUGUGGAGAUUGUGGGAAAAGCUUUAAGAAUUGCUGGGGACUGGGACCUCAUCGUUGUCAUGAACCAGAAGGUUCUACGACGGAGGACACUAAGCCUGUGGUCUGUCUUGAAGUCGGCUGCCAUUGCUCCGAGUGUGGCAAGAUCCUCUGUAGUCCUCAGAGCCUGAACAUUCACAUGCGCAUCCACACUGGAGAGAAGCCUUAUGUAUGCAAAGAGUGUGGCAAGAGAUUUGCUGAGGGUGGUAGUUUACGCAAACACCUGCUGAUCCACUCCGGGGUUAGGGCAUUCAAGUGCCAGGAAUGUGGGAAGGAUUUUGCCCACAUGAAAGUUCUUAGGGGUCACAUGACCACGCACUCUGGCAAGAAGCCUUACUCUUGCUCCCACUGUGACAGACAGUUUGGAUACAAGUCUAGUCUGACCAUCCACCUACGCUCUCACACAGGAGAGAAACCCUUUCACUGCACAGUGUGUGGUAAGGACUUCUCUAUCAAGAGAAACCUGAGGCUUCACCUAAAGAUCCACAACAAUGAGAAAGGCCAUCAGUGUGGGGAGUGUGGCCUGAAGGUGAUAGACAUUGGCGCGUUGAAGACACACAUGCGCUCACACACUGGUGAGAGGCCUUACCACUGCACUGUGUGCAGCAAGAAGUUCAUUCGACUUGAACACCUGAAGAACCACCAACGCACUCACACAGGUGAGAGACCGUUUGUCUGUUUGGAGUGUAACAAAAGCUUUGCACAGUCAGGAGAUCUCACAAAACACAUACGCACCCACACUGGGGAGAAGCCAUAUGAAUGUUCUGUCUGCCACGGCUGCUACACCUCUUCAGGGGAUCUAGGCAAACACAUGAGAAUCCACAAUGACUCCCGGCCUUUUCCCUGCCAGCAGUGUGACAAGAGCUUCCGCUUAGCCGGCCACCUGAAGACUCACAUAAGGACACACACUGGGGAGAGACCAUACUCUUGCCCCCGCUGCCUACGCACCUUUGCUCGAACCCACCACCUCUCCGGUCACCUGGCUCAGUGUCACUGAUUAUUUGAUUUGCAUUUAUGUAGCAGCUUUCUUAAACUCAGUGCUUUACUGUAUUAUGGGGGUAGCUCACUCUUGACUACUUCCAAUAUGUAGCGCUUAGCUGAGAGACGCUUGGAAACCAUAUUUUCACCUGAACACAAGCUAGGGGAAGGUAGCUGAUGUUACAGUUGGCAAGAUGUUGGUGUAUAUUCAAAGGAAGAUUAACAAUUGGCCAAAAGGCCGUUCUCUCUGUGGCCUGGUAACCGAUAGUGAUUGAUUGAUCAAGGAAAGAGUCAAUACGUUAGUAGGCGACUAGAAGUUUCCUUCCCUCCUUGCUAGCCAUCGUUCUUCGGGGACAGACAUGUAUUCUACUGAACUUUUUUAGAUAUUUAACCCCUCCUUUUUGAAUCAGUUAAAAUAUGAGAAAAUCCUGCAUGCAUCUAUGAAAUGUAUUGCAGAACUAGAUAAAUUUUGGGGGGGAUUUCUCCCCUAAUGAUUGAGUGGGUUUGGUCUGUCAUUUCAAACAAGCACAUUGCUAUCCUUGUUCCUUUUCCUUGACAGUCAUUGUUUAAAAGAGGCAUGGAAAAGACUGAAGUUAGAUCAAUUGAGAAAAUGCCUACAGUACUCGUUCCAGACACAGUAUAGAUGUAGAUUGAGUUUAUGUUGGACAGAGGUUUUAAUUUGCCUGCAGUUUCAAAAUUGCUUUAUUUUAAAGGGAUAGGUAACUACAACAUAUUAAUGACCAUGAUUUCCCGCUCACCAUCGCUGUUGAUGAUACCCCAAUUAGUUAAACCAUCUAGUGGAUUUAAUUGCACUAAAGGGUUCAGUGUAAUUUCAACCAAGACUGUCAUGCAAAUGAUGAGGCUGAUUUGAGUAAACUGAUGCUGAUGUUUUGUACUCUGAGAUCAUGACACUGUUUCAUGGGAUAUAUGAUUGCCAAAUUUUUUUUUAAUGAAAUUGAACUGAUUGGGUGUCUGCAGUAUACAGCACGAGACCAAUACUUAAAGUAUAGCCUAUGAUGGUUAUUGUAUGAGUUACUUUGACUAAUACUGUUAUCUUGGUGCGUGGUAUAACUUAGUCUAUAUUGGUAGUGUUAUGUGUGUAAUAACUUAUGAGCUUCAACGUUGUAUAUAUUCUAAAUUAUUAGACAACUGUUAUAAUAAGGAUGUCAAUUACUUUAUCUACAAUGCAAUUACACUGACUGACAACUAUGUGUAAAAGGCAAUUAACUAAUGCAAUAAAUUAUUUACAAAAAAAAUGUUGUUGGAGUUCUGUUUUGGAGGGUACCGUUUGUCAAAUGUAGCCCAAUAGAUGCUAGGCUUGUAUAUUAUCUGUAUGUAUAAAUUUUUUUGAAAGGGUAAUCCAGCCUAUGAUCUAUAUUGUAAAAAAGUGUAAUUGUCAUUGUUUUAUUUUGUUGGUAAGGAACAUGAGAAAUGUUGCUAUCUGUUCAUUUAACUGAGGGCAACUACAAAAGCCAAAUUCUGUCUGGACAGUCUUGGUGGCUAGGUUUGUUUGCACCUCUGUAGCGAAUUCAAAUGUCGUCACCAUAAUACCAAAGUCAAUAUCAGCAAAGUAGUGUACUUCAUGCAAGUUUACACCUAUGAGUAAAAAUAUUAGCAUGUUUAACUUGUUAGAGAUUGUUUUCUAGGUUACAGCUGCGUGCAGAUUCCUGCAGAGAGCAUAUUUGUGAGUGAGAAGGAAAGUAUCUUUACACUGUGGUGAACUGUGACCUUAGGAAAUUGUGUGUGUACACACUUUUUUUCUCCUGUUCAAAAGUUUGC